UUCUCUCUCUCUCUCUCUCUCGCUCGCAUACAUCAGCCAAAAAGAAGAGGAAGUCUGGGACUCCCUUGAAGGAAGAGUGGCCUGAGCGAGAUGCAGCAGCACCUCAUGCAGAUGCAGCCCAUGAUGGCAGCCUAUGCCUCCCCAAAUCAAGUCACCACUGAUAUCAUCCAGCAGUACUUGGAUGAGAAUAAGCAGUUGAUUCUGGCUAUUUUGGACAACCAAAAUGCAGGGAAAGCUGAUGAAUGUGCUGAGAAUCAAGCCAAGCUUCAAAGAAAUCUCAUGUACCUUGCUGCCAUUGCUGAUAGCCAACAACAAGUUCCUACCAUUGCCCAGUUUCCCCCAAGUACUGUCAUGCAAUCAGCCCCUCGCCAUGUUCAAUACCAGCAAGCCCAGCAGAUGACACCUCAAGCACUUAUGGCUGCACGAUCAUCAAUGCUGUAUGCGCAAUCGCCGAUAUCCGCCUUACAGCAGCAGCAGCAGGCAGCACUGCAUACCCAGCUUGGAGUGAGCCCUGGAGGGAACAGCGGGUUCAACAUGCUUCACGGCGAGGCCAGUGUAGGAGGUAACGGGCUACCAGCAGCUGGAGUGUUCUCCGACUUCGGCCGCAGCAGUUCAGCGAAGCAAGAAACUGGGAUUGCAUUAACGACUGAAGGACGUGGGAACAACUCAGGGAGGCAAAACGGCGAUGGCACGGAGCCUCUGUACCUGAAGGGCUCGGAAGAGGAAGCAAACUAGUAUGUAGCUAUUCUGGCAUCAAUCAACUUCUUAUGUUGCAACUUCUUAUUAAGUGUUCGACUUACGACUGCCAUUCCUCAUCGCAAUGGUGCACUCGAAAUGGUGGACGUUGACCUGAUGUUGCUAAUACCCAUCAGAUUUUCCACUUGAUCCAUCAGAUCUACAAUUAGCAUGUCAAGGAAGCAGUAGAUGUUUUGCUUGAAACACUUUGUACUGACUCUACGGUAUUAGUAAUAGUAGUUGUUCUGGCCAUGUCAACGGUUUUGCUUCCA